UCCUCUUGUUUCCUUAUUCUUGAUUACUGCACCUGCACCAUAAUGUGUUCCUCUCUCGUCUGGUUGUCAGUUUGCACAUGGAUUUAUUUCUCAUGUUUCAGCUCUACUUUCAUUUAUGAAUUGAUCUCUGGUUUCUGUGCUGUUUGUCUGCCACUGGAGACCAUAAGCCUCCAUGACAAAUCCAAAAUGGACCCAGCAGACCUGGGCCUUGUAGGAACCACACUUAGACGAGCAGUUCCCUUUUUGGGGAACUUGUUUGGCCAUCAUGCCAAGAUAUCAACAUCCAGCAACCAGCCCAAGUUUCAACCCCGGCUUUUUCAGAAGUCUGUCCCUGUCUCAGCUGCCAUUGGGCCUUCUAGCCUUCAGCUAACCACCAGGUGUGUCUUUGUCCAACAUGCUUUUAAGAAGGGGCGAUGCAGUUCUCAGUGUGGUCGAUAUUAAUGAUCCUAUGGGUGGCACAGACUGUGGACAGCUGUCCUGAUGUCUGUAAGUGCUCCAGGAAGGCUGGUCCAGAAAAGUCAGAGGUCAACUGUUACAAGACGGGUCUUCUGAAUUUUCCCUCCGAUCUGCCUGCUGAUGCUUGGAUCCUCAAACUUGGUGAGAAUGGUAUCACAGACCUGAAGGCUGAUGUUCUGACAUCAACUCCAAAGAUUGAGAGUGUCAACCUGGAACGAAACGCCAUCGAGUCCAUCCACCCUCAGGCCUUCUCCGGGGCAAAACAACUUAUGCUUCUCAAUCUUUACAACAACCACAUCACCAGCCUUCCACCGAGAGGAUUCCAGGACCUCCUGAACCUCCGCUUCCUCAUGCUGGGACAGAACCAGAUAGGCGUCCUCAAAGCUGAGAUGUUUGCUGGUUUAAAGAACCUGUCAGAUCUUGAUCUUCCUCUCAAUGCACUCACCUCUCUCCCAUCGAAUGUCUUCAAGCCUCUCACCGACCUCAAAGUUCUGGACCUUUCAAUGAACCUCAUUCAGAGGAUGUCUCCCAAAGCCUUCAAUGGCCUCAGACAGCUCAUGUUCCUCAACUUGGAUAAUAACAGUCUGAAGACUGUUCCUCCUGGAGCAUUCAAACCGCUGCAGUCUCUGGAGAUGUUGGUCCUAGAUAACAACCUUCUGUUCUCACUGCGCCCGUCAUCUUUGGAUGGCCUGGACAACUUACAGGAACUCUAUCUGAGGAAGAACAAUCUGGAGCACCUGCCAGCUGAUGUGUUCAGGAACAUGCCCAAGCUUUCUCAGCUGGCUCUCAGUGGAAACCGCCUGAAGACAGUGGAUGGAAACAUGUUCACCCAUAUGCCCAACCUGAAGAAGCUGCACAUCCAUGACAAUCCGUGGCGGUGUGACUGUAACCUCAGCUCCUUGGUGCAGUGGAUGGGACAGACGAAGGCCAGCCUGUCUCCUCGGACUGCCCUGAAAUGCUUGAGCCCUCCAGAGCUCCAAAACAAGAGCCUCGCCAGCCUGAAAGACGGCAAACUGCUCUGCCGUGCCUAACGCCACAAAACCUUGAAGCAGACCUCGACAUGGCCCCGGACCUUAAGAGAUUCAGAUAACAAACUUUUAUUCAACAAAUUUGUUUUGGUCAUUUUUGUAGAGUGACCUUGUUUCUUGUGAUUUCUUAAAGCUUUAAUGUAAGGAAUAGAUUUGAAUGAAAGAUUCUGUAUCUCCUCUUCUUUAUGGGCAACAUAAUACAUUUUCAGCUAGAAAUCUUAUAUUAGCCUUUUUGAAACUUUAGCUUGACCUACAUGUAUAUCAAGUUUAAAGCCCAAAGAUAUCGAUGUAAUUUCAAACCAUACUGGAGCAUGAAACUUUUAAACUGCAGUAAAAGUUUGA